AUGUACACAUAUUACAAGGAAGAAAGACAACCAAACAAACAGGCCCGAUUGAGUUCUGCGGCGAGGUAUUCGUCUUUAUCUCCGGCUUCUGCGGCACCGGCAGUAUCGGGGAUGGAUUUGUGCGGAAGAGGGGAUAAGAAGACGAAGAAAGGGAAAAGAUUCAUAGGGUCGUACGGGAACUCGAGAGGGAAGAAGCAGAAGAUGAUCGAGAGAAUCAAAGACAAGCUCGAGGUUCCCAGGUCUACUCCUUGGCCUCUCCCUUUCAAGCUCAUCUGA